AUGGCCGAGUAUGAGCAGGGCUAUGCUAGUCAGCGAGGCCAACUACCGAGCGGCGCGCCCGCGAUGCCGGAGAUAGUGGCGCGGGACGCUCCGGUGGCCCGGGCGCCUGCGCGGUACGCCAGCGAAACGGUGCCUCCGGGUUUCGGGUACAACAAGGACGGUUUCGUGAGCAAAGUCUUUGGAAGCGCAGCGAGGUAUGUGGACAAGUGCUGGCCACCCUUUUUGCUCCUAGCCCAAAGCGUGGCCAGGGAUUAUUUGGAUCAUAACAUCCCGACGCUGGUGGCAGCUGUGGAACACGCUCUCGAAGGGGCUACGAGCGAGGGGGUCGCUUUGACACCUCCGGUUUUCGAUGUCUUCGAUGAUGCGGAAAGCAUGCUGCGAGGGCACGUGCUGCGGCUGGGAGCCGCCCUGAAGGAGGUGGCUGGAAGGAAGGCCAAGAAGCAACGGAUCGAGGAUCCGAGCUCGCGUCAACCUGGGUCUCUGGGGCUCAGGAUAAUGGGAGAGCUGUUGGGCGGGGCUCUGUCUCCGGGGGCCAAGACACUGUGCGACGGACUGGAGGACGCGGGUCGCACUAUGACGACAGCGAAAGAAGUGCUGGGCAAGCCGCCGGAGGGCGACUUGGCCCGAGCUCUGCAGCGGGUGGCGCGGUCCACGGGCCCUUGCGACGUGGUCGCAAAGGGAACCUUUGGCAAUACACUGGUCACCCUCCGGAAGGGCGCGGAGGACGGGAUGGAGGAACUGGCGCAUAAGUCUGAUUUCGGCAAGGCCCUCAUCGAUGAUGAGGUGGUCAUGGUUAAGCGGGUGCAUGAGUUCCAGCGCCGUUUCAGUGGCAGGGCUGCGAUCGCAGGUUCGGGGCGGCGGGGCGAGGAAGCACAGCCGGAGCUGAAGAAGCCAAAGAAGAAGAAGAAGAAGAAGCGCGACCGGGACGACGCCGACGGGGCGCCCGCGAAGGCGGGCAAGCCGGCGUCUAAGGGUGCUAGCGCAGGGGGCGCUGGCGGGGGCGUCAACUACAUGGAUGCGCUGUGGAAGGUGUCGACGAAGAACGGUGCAGUGCUCAAGGAUAAGGAGAAGAAGGGCGCCUGCCUGAAAUUCAUCCAGACAGGGAGGUCUAUGGGCGCGACACAAGAGGUCCGCCUGCUGCGGGGCAACGAGGCGGGCCUGCAGCAGCUGGUGCCAGCGGAUUUCUUUGUCCCCCUCAACAAGCUCACGGAGACGCUGACAUACGACGGGGAGUGGUCGAAGUGGGCAGAGCCGGGCCUUCAGGGAUCCCGCGGCCCUGGUCCCGCGGUUUCGGUCGAGUUGGGUGGCAGGGACCCAAGGUGGGAGACGGGCAUGCCACUUGUGGGGUCAAUCCACGAGCAGCGGGAUGCGUCGCUGUUGGCCGAGAUGGCAAGGGGCAUGCCUCAGGUCCAGGGACUGGCAGCAGCAAUAUCCAGUAGGACCAGGUGCUUGAGAUCCGGAGCCACAAUCUCAGCGCGCGGUUCAAUCCUAGAGGGCAAGGAUAGCUGGCUGCAGUUCUGCGAGGAGCUCAAAGUGCAUCCCAUAAGGUUGCACGAGCCGACUACUCAGGAUCUCAUCGAGUUCGACACUAUGCUGUACAUCAUGUUUCUGGCAUGGAAGGUGCCGCGUAUGGAGGCUGGGAAAGGGAGAGGCAAGGAGAUCAUUUCCGCAGAUCUCUAUUUGUCGCGGGUGAAUGGGAUCUCCGGGCUGGACUGGAACGAGCCUUGGCAUCGCACGUGGUUAACAGCAGCUCAAGUAGCGUUCAAUCUUGGCCUACGGGUCGGAGAGUAUACCCAGCGGAGAGCAGAGGACUUCAAUCCGAACACAGCCUUUAACAUGGCUGACGUGGCCUGGGCGCCGCCCUGCGAGUGGGGCUGUCGGCUNUGCGCUGCAAGAAAAAUUGCAUUUACGGCAGUACAAUAUGUUUCCGGUAACGGGUUAGUGCUCGCAAGCCCAGGAGCAUCGAGCAUGCCGCGAACGGCUGCAGCGAAAGUCACCCCGUGGCACCCAUUUUGGGCUGCCGAGGGGCGAUUUGGACCGGUUGCUGCCUUCAGCGACCUCAGACGGGCGGUUAUCGCGUGGGAUAGGCCGUCGGGCUCCGGCUCUGCGGAGGGUCCUCCAGUAGCGUGGCUUCCGUAG